CAUGCACACAAUAGUCUUCUAAUCCCUUCUCUUUUGCUCCUUGUUAUCCAUUUAGAAAGAGCAAAUGGAGAGUAAUAUUCAGAGUGGCAGUCCAACGUCACCACAUGCUAAGAAUAUUAAUGAUAGGGUAUGUGAAGAUAUGGAUAACUCUAACCCCUCCGAACUCCCUGAAAAUAUUGAAAAUUUCUCAAAAAUUAUAGAGUCUAGGAUUGCAAAAUGUAAUUCAGGUGAAACUCCGACAAGAUCCGGAAAGAUUACUGAGGAAGAGUCUUUUUUCCUUGAAGCUGUGAUGCAUUUAUCAAAAUUGACAAAUGCCAUUGACAAAUCUCCAUCAGGGUCAACGUUAUUGAGUCGAACUAAUGCGGUCCUGCAAAAAGCCAUGACUUUCAUGGAAGAAGAAUUGCGAACCUUAUUAGAAGACUUCGGAAGUCAUUCCAAUUCAAAAGUUAAUAAAAAUUCACAAGUAGACGAGGAUUAUCCAUCAUAUCCAUUAGAUGUUGUGACAAGAAUGAAUCGGAUCGCGACAGCCAUGAUCUCAGCAGGGUUUGAAACAGUUUGUUGUCAAGUGUAUUCGAUUUCACGAAGAAAUGCAUUCUAUGAGCAAAUGAAAAUGCUCGAAUUCGAGAAGAUAAAUGUGGAUGAUGUGCAAAGAAUGUCAUGGGAUUCUCUAGAAGGUGAAAUCACGAGAUGGAUCAAUGUCGCGAAGAGCUGCUCAAACACCUUGUUCCCUGGUGAGAGGAGACUCGGAGAAUCAGUAUUCUCGGAUUCUCCAAUGAUCUCUCAAAGCCUAUUUAACAACCUGGCACGUUCAAUCGUAAUUCAGAUUCUUGAUUUCGCUGAAGCAGUUUCCAGAACAAAACACUCCGCUGAAAAACUCUUCAAAUAUCUAGACAUAUACGAUACAAUUCGCGAUCUCAUUAAUGCGAUAAGUGAAUCCCUUUCUAUUAAUGACACCGAACACCAACUGAAGUCAGAGAUCUUAGCUACAAGAGAUAGGUUUGGUGAGGCAGCUGUUAAUAUAUUCUGUGAUCUCGAAAACUCCAUCAAGAACGACGUAGCAAGAACACCGGUCCCUGGUGGUGCAGUGCACCCCCUCACGCGUUACGUCAUGAAUUAUUUAAAAUGCGCAUGUGAGUACAAAGACGCCCUGGAACACAUUUUCAAGGAACAUGCAAAGUUAGAGGCAUAUUCCACCAAGUCGAAAUCAUCAGUGGAUGAUCAAGUUGAUAAUAAAGAGAGCGAAAGCCCGCACGAUAAUGUAGCUGUGACGACGCCAUUAACGGCACAACUCAUGACAAUAAUGGACCUAGUGGACGUGAAUCUAAAAGCCAAGUCAAACCUAUAUAGAGACCCUUCUUUACGUGACAUAUUCUUGAUGAAUAACGGUAGAUACAUCUUACAAAAAGCCAAAGGAUCCACGGAGGUCCGCCAAGUGAUGGGCGACACUUGGUGUCGAAGAAGAUCAACAACCGUGAGGCAAUACCAUAAGAAUUACCAAAGAGAAACAUGGGGAAGAGUGUUACAAAUACUAAGUCACGAUGGUAUGCAAGUGAAUGGUAAGGUGACAAAGCCAGUAGUUAAAGAGAGGUUCAAGAAUUUCAGCACAAUGUUGGAUGAUAUCCAUCGUACUCAAAGCACUUGGGUAGUGAGUGACGAGCAACUUCGAUCGGAGCUCCGAGUUUCUAUAUCAGCAGUGUUAAUUCCAGCGUACAGGUCAUUUUGUGGGAGAUUUAGGCAAUAUCUAGACAAUACAAAGCAUGCAGACAAGUAUAUUAAGUAUCAACCAGAAGAUAUUGAAACGUUAGUUGAAGGCCUAUUUGAUGGAAAUCCUACAUCUAUGGCACGGAGGAAGACGUAAGAAGACGUAGUUUUGGUCUUCAACUCUUCACGAUGCUAGCUGCACAAUGAAUCCUCAAAUAAUAAUCUGAUUUCAGAUUUUUUUUGUAUGAUACUUAUUUAUUACUACUAGAGUACUAGUGUUGGUUCAUAUUUUCCACGUUUCUUUUAAUUUACUGUCAGUUUUCCGUUUCUAGUCUGUUGAGGCUGGAUUUAAAUGAAUCAACAUCAUGCAGAAAAGUUUU